GAUUAGCAGACAACAACGACACAAAAUUGAUCCACACUGAGUAAGAACUCAAACAGAGAACGGAGACCAAUUCACAAUGCGGAUUCAAGAACUCCAUCUCUAUCAUGUUGGCAUCAUCAUCAUGCUCGUUGCAAUGGUUCUACCACCAUCAACCUCUGGGACCACGCUGGAGAGAUGGUCCAACUGCACAACGACCAAAGACCUCUGGCCGAACUCGGCACGCUGGUCAUCGUCAUCGUCGACAUCGAACUCCUCGAGCAAGAUACCCCUGUACAUCGCCGGGUUCUUACCCUUCAGUGACGAGUUCUUUGACCAGUUGGUGUGUACCGUGCUCAUGGCCGUCGAGCACGUCAAUGAUGACCCGAACCUGCUGCCGGACUACGAGCUUCGGCUCAUCUGGAACUGGACUCAGGCACUCCCGGGUCCAGCACUUCAGCUUUUCUACGACAUGGUCUACAACUCACCUCAAGUAGUCAUGGCGUGGGGGCCGACCUACUCCCGAGUCGGUGAGGUCUUGAACCGCGUGGCUGGUCAGUACCAUGUGGUACAGGUGGGAAUCGCCCAAUUUCAGUCGAACGAGCAACAUGUGGAAACAUACCCGUACACCGUUCAGAUUUACCCGGCCAACUCGGUGUUUAACCCGGCUAGAAUAGCCCUGCUGAGGAAGAUGAAGUGGAAGAGAGCCGCUAUUAUCUACCAGAACGUCAAUCUCUUCAGGAGUGAAAUGGUGGAACUAGCCACUAUGAUGCAAGCAGAAGGCUUCAAUACCAUCGCUAUUGAAACCGCCAAUGAAGAUCCCAGGACCAAUGUUCAAAGCUUAAAGCGGCACGACGCAAGGAUAAUCUUUCUCAGUGUCUACCAAGAUACUGCGACUAAGGUUUUCUGUGAGGCCUACCGACAGGGACUGUACGGACCCAAGUAUGUAUGGCUAAUUAUCGGCUGGUAUCACACCGGAUGGUGGCGGAUUGAAACGACCAACAUCCGAGCUCGAGAUGAAGAAUUCUGCACCUUCGAUCAGAUGGAUGAAGCAGUGGAGGGGUACCUCAGUAUGAGGGGGUUUGAGAUACAGGAGGACCUCUCCAAGAUCAACUUUAACGGAAUCUAUCCUGAUGCAGACCGUCUGGAGUUCUUCCGUCAUCUUCAGGGUGAACUUCUCUUCUCUGGAGCAUGCGACUCCUACGGCUAUGAUCAGAUAAUGACGAUAGCCUUAGCCCUGAAUUCUUCAGACGGUGUGGUAGCCUCUCGUUACCCGGGUACGACAUUGGCUGACUUCACUUACACCAAUACAGAAAUGGCAGACAUCUUUCUACACGAGACAAAGAAUCUCAAGUUUGUUGGUCUGACGGGUCCAGUGGCAUUUGAUGCAGUGGGGAGCAGAGAGAGCAACGCUGUUAUUCAGCAACUACAAAAUCAACAAGUACAGCAGAUCUUUGUAUUUGAUCGAAAUACCGACACCUUUCGACUUAAACGUGAAUUUCAAUGGGGAGGUUCUAUCAUUCCAGUAGACGGGCCAACGGACCAGUUGUUGGAUGUCGGAAUCAACAACGCAAAUCGUAUUGUGAUCAGUGCUCUAGCAGGUCUGGGUAUUGUUCUGGCUAUUAUCUUCCUGUCCGUCAAUAUUAUACAUCGUCACAAACGGGCUCUUAAGAUCUCGAGUCCGAUGUUGAAUAACGUGAUCGCCAUCGGAGGUAUCUUCCUCUACAGUUCGACUUUCCUCUUGAGUGAAUCACUAGAGGUCCAGCCACAAGAGAGUUCCGUACUCACUAAUAUAGAAUGUCAGUCUGCUCUCGUGGUUGCCUCGGUCGGUCUCUCCAUGUCGUUCGGUGCUCUGUUCAUGAAAACCUACCGCAUUCAUCAAAUCUACACUAGCGCUAUGAAAGUCAGAAAGGUUCUUAAAGGUUUGACGGAUACUCGCCUCCUCUUUGCGAUCUCUUGGUUUGUCAUCAUCGAUCUCGCUUUCUUUGUGUUUUGGAUGAGCUACGAUCCGAUGACGACGGAGAACAGAACCUACAAGCCGAUCCUCGAUGACACGGAGCCAGAGCUCGAGAUAUCUUUCGUCCCGACCCUAAACAUCUGCACGUCUGUCUUUAUGCUUCCCUUCAUGGGCGCUCUCGGGGUCUACAAGGGCGGACUGCUAUUAUUUGGCGUUUUUCUCGCCUGGUCUACCCGGAAAGUCCGCAUCAUGGAACUGAAUGACAGCAAAUACAUCGCUCUAUCGGUCUACACUGUAUGUCUGACCUGUGUCAUCACCGUACCAUUCGCUUACAUCUUCUACAGCCGAGGCGACAUCAACUAUGUAUUCACCUUCGUAGGGGGCGCCAUCGUUUUUGCGACGACUGUGGUGCUCUGUUUGGUGUUUGUACCAAAACUGAUGGCAAUCAAUGACCCGUCCGCGGAUACAAAAGGACGCCCUCUCACGAUGGCUACAUCAACCGAUACCACCUUCGACGAUAAAGAUGCUACUCUUCAGCGCCUUCAACGAGCACUGCAACAGAAAUUACAAGAGCGCAAGGACCUUCUUGACGAGCUAGCAGUCUUGGACCGAAUCUAUAUGCAGAGCGACUGAUUCAUGGAGUGUAUAAUACAUUAUUAAACAUCUUAUGAAAGUCUUAACCCUGGAUGGAAUUGUAAAUAAAUCAGUUUAUACAUAUAGAACUUAACAACUUCAGAAAACUUUAGAGAAAAAACGCUUGAAUAGCUUCAAAGCUCUGGAUUAUAGAUUUCGUAGUAGUAAAGUAGGUCAACCAAUAUUUAUACGUUAGUGUGUCUAAAUAUUUAAUUAAACAUUUUCUUCCAAACGUAUUUCAUUUUCGGGUUGUUAUAUUACUGUUGUUAAACUUUAGACAAUAAAUCUUUCGUACUUUCAAUGUAGAUUUUGGAUGAUUGAAAAGUAGUGAUAAUAAUAUGUUCCGCGCCUAGAAACGUAGUAUU